CCCUGGCCUGCCUCGGGCGGGAGAGGGAGCGGGAGGACGAUGCGGCCGCGGAACCGGCUCGACCUGGGCUCCGUGCGGGAGCAGCGCCUCCGGCAGCUGGAGCAGCGGCUGCGAGCCAAAGAAGAAAGAAUAGUUGUCCUGGAGACCGAAAAUGCUGCUCUUCAUCUGAAACUUGCAGAGUAUCAAGGGUUGGCUGGAAGAAGCACGGGCGAAGUCCUGCAGCUCUACUCUGCCCACAGCCAGCAGCAGAAAUUGCAGAGGAGUUCUGUUGUAUCCCAGCUGCACGCAGCAACAAAGAGGCUUAAGCAAGACCUGAAGGGCCUCCGUUCGUUUGCUCUUGAGCUUUCAAAAGACUUGCAGCGUCAAAGCAAGACUUACCAUUACCAAGUUUUGACAGCAGUCCAAGGGAUACAGCUGCAAAAUGAAGCAAUGCAAAUGUUUCAGAUAAAAGCUUUUGAUCUUGAGCAGUCCCUACAAGAGGUGACAGAGCAAUAUGAGAAAGAAAAGCAAAAGAGGAGAGCUCUACAUAACAGCUUAGUUGAACUGAGAGGAAAUAUCAGAGUCCACUGCAGGAUCCGACCACUACUACCUUUCGAUAUUGCUGCUGGACAUUCGAUGUCACAAGAUAGGCAAAGAAACUUUUCAGAAAGGGUGGCCUAUGCAGCUGACGAGGAAACUGUCCUCAUAAAGUGUAGCCGCCCUGGUCAUGCAUCAAUAAACAAGACUUUUCAGUUUGACAGAGUUUACAGUGCUUCAGAGUCUCAGGACACAGUAUUUGCAGAUGUGGCCCCUUUGCUAACAUCUCUCCUGGAUGGGUACAAUGUGUGUAUCAUGGCGUAUGGGCAAACUGGAAGUGGGAAGACACACACAAUGUUGGGACCCCAGUUAGAGGAGAAGUUUGCGUUCUCCAGAGACGAUGAAUCAGAACUUGGGAUUAUUCCUCGAGCUACCCAAGAAGUGUUCAGGCUUAUUUCAGAAAAGCCACCAGGAAGUUACUGGGUUGAAGUUUCUGUUGUCGAAGUGUAUAAUAAUGAGAUUUUUGAUCUUCUGGCCAAAGACAGUUGUGGAAAAGUGUUUGGUGUCAAACGUGACGUUGUCACAACCAGAGAAGGAAAGAGCGAUGUUCCAUUGCUUACGCAUGAGACUGUUGAAAACGCAUAUGAAUUUUUGCAUCUAGUCAACAAAGGCCUACAGCUGAGAGUCAGGCACCCAACACUGGUGCACGCUCAUUCCUCUCGUUCUCAUCUGGUAGUUACAUUGACCAUAACCACAGUUGCCUCUGGAGAUAACUUUGGUGUUUCAUGGGAAGACGAACAAACCAGUCAGAGACUAAAUAAAGACGUUUCCUGCACCUUUCCACAAAAAAUGAGAGACAGUAAAUCCGCCUCUUCUUCCAGAGCCUCUUCGCCAGCGCAACUUGAAGCCACUGAGAAACUGAAGCAAGUCAAAACUAGGCUGCAGCUGGUGGAUCUGGCUGGUAGCGAGUGUGUCGGUAUGUCUGGAGUGACAGGUGCGGCACUGAGAGAGACAUCGUUUAUUAACCGCAGCUUGUCUGCCCUAGCCGACGUUCUGGGAGCAAUAGCAGAGCAGCGCGCUCACGUACCGUAUCGGAACAGCAAACUUACGCAUCUGCUGCAGGACUCCAUAGGGUGUAGUCACAUAUUUGCACGUUCCUUAACAUUGUGCCCUGUAACAGACAAAGGAGGGACGCAGAACACAUGCAUGGUAUUGUGCUACAACUCCUCUCUGUGUUCGUGUCACCUUCUCUUCGCCAGCUCCUCAUCCUUGCAGAAACGGUUUUAAAGCAAGCGUAGUUCCUGCAGUAACGUCAGAUUUGUGCCCACCGAUAUAGCACAUUAGCCCACUAGCCUUCAGCCAGAAAGCUUCAGCCCUUUAGUCUCUAGUUCAAGGCAUUCACAGUGACUGAGGCAGCAGUUCUUCAGAGCGUCUGAAAGACCAUUACUUUUUUCUUGAACUUUAAAUUUCACCUAGUGCCGGAGUCCCCGGUCUGAAGAGAGAAAGCCAAAGAAAGAACUGAGUUUAGGAGCUUUGCUGUACGGGCACUGAGCUUGGUUUUAACCAUGCCUGCUGUAUGACUGGUGACACUGUUUAGGUGAAGUGUUGAAAGUGGCAAUUUCCUUAUUUGUUUAAUCAUUCUCUGUGAUUUUCUAAUAGGUCUGCUUUGCUUUACUGUCACACAAAUAAGCCAUUUGGCCAUUAUCCUGAAUUUACAUUCAUUUGAAUAAGCUUAAUGAAGUGCCCAGACCCAUAACGUACAUGCAGCCUAAUGGAUGAAGCUAUAGGGGGGAAAAAAUCUACAUUAACAAUUGUGAAACAUUUCUUCUACUGGGGCAAAUGUCACACUGCUAGAUAUAGACUUCCCUUGAAGGAGCUGCCUGGUUUCAACAGCCCUCUUCACCUAUGGUCUUCUGCUUCAUAAAAGCAACGGUAGCCUAUGCUGCUGUUGUGUCGAUCUGGACGUUACCAGUGUAUAACUUAUUGAAAAUAAUGAGGUAAAGAAGGACGUU